AUGAUCAAGGCUGUGGAUUCUCAGGGUACUAUAUCUGCAGGUGCUGAUUCUGAGGCAAACUAUAGAAAAGCUGGUACUUUACCUAGUGAUACAGUUCAGAACCCACAGAUUGAUGGCUCUUGUAUAGAGAUUACCACUCGUAGUGGUAAGAUGUUAUUUGGCCUUUCUAUGGGCAAAGCUGUGGAGAAGGAUGUAAGUGUUGAUAAAUUAGAAGAAAGCAAUCCAGUGGAGUCUGAGAAGCUGGAUGACUUUGUUGACAUGUUAGAGAAAGAAGACGACAAUAAAGAGGAAGUGGAAUUGUUAACAAAGAAGCAAAAGGUAAGUUUUGAGCCGGUGGAUAACAUCCAUCACUGUGGUGUUGUGUCUUCACAAUCUUUAGUGCAAAAAAAGCCUGAUCCUGGAGCAUUUACCAUACCGUGCACAGUUAGGUCCAUAAAGUUUACCAAAGCUUUAUGUGACUUAGGAGCAAGUAUAAAUAUGAUGACUCAUGAUAUCUACAAGAAGCUUGGAUUGGGAGAGCCUACCCCCACAAUGAUGUGUCUUGUUAUGGAAGACAGAUCGGUUAAGCAACCGGUUGGUAUAUUGUAUGAUGUACCGAUAAAGGUGGAUGAUUUUAUUCUGCCUGUAGACUUUAUGAUACUGGAUUGUGAUGUUGAUUUUGAGGUGCCCAUCAUUUUGGGUAUACCAUUAUUAGCCACGGGGAGAGUAUUGGUUAAUAUGGAGCUCAAUGAGCUUAAGUUCAGAUAUGGGAAAAAGGAGGCCAAAUUUAAAAUGCAACCUCCUAUGAAGCAGUUGAAGGAGAUGAACAUCUUCUCGGUUAUGGAUGUAUUCUAG